AUGCGUCCUGCAGCUUGCUGGCCGCGCGCGUCGCCUCGGAGGGGACUGUCGCAGGGGCUUGUCAUUCUGACCCGGGGAGUCCUCAGAGCGUCUGGCCGAAAUGUCUAAUGCAAAAGAAAGAAAACAUGCUAAGAAAAUGAGAAACCAACCCACCAAUGUGACUUUAUCCUCUGGCUUUGUGGCUGAUAGAGGAGUAAAGCACCGUAACAGAGGUGGGAAACCUUUCCAAGCUCAAAGACAAGAGCCUCAUUAUGGAACUUCACGACAGCGGCAAACAAAAAUGACCCCCCAUUCAUUGCUUGAGCCUGAUGUCAAUGAGCCGUCUUCCUCCAAAGUCAUGUUUAAAAAGAAGGGAGGAUGGAAAGCAGGUCCUGAGGGCACUUCUCAGGAGAUUCCCAAGUAUAUAACUGCUUCCACUUUUGCUCAAGCGCGAGCUGCUGAAAUCAGUGCUAUGUUAAAAGCCGUGACCCAGAAGUCUUCUAAUUCACUGGUUUUCCAGACUCUGCCACGGCACAUGAGACGAAGGGCCAUGAGCCACAAUGUCAAACGCCUUCCUAGACGAUUGCAGGAGAUCGCUCAGAAAGAGGCAGAGAAAGCUGUACAUCAGAAAAAAGAACAUUCAAAAAAUAAAUGCCACAAAGCUCGAAGAUGUCACAUAAACCGGAUGCUAGAAUUUAACCGUAGACAAAAGAAGAACAUAUGGUUAGAAACGCAUAUCUGGCAUGCCAAACGGUUUCACAUGGUCAAGAAGUGGGGCUACUGCCUCGGAGAGAGGCCAACAGCCAAGAGCCACAGAGCCUGCUAUCGAGCCAUGACACAACAUUGCCUCCUUCAGGAUUUAUCCUACUACUGUUGUUUGGAGUUGAAGGGCAGAGAGGAAGAAAUACUAAAGGCACUUUCUCAAAUGUGUAGCAUAGACACAGGAUUGACGUUUGCAGCAGUUCACUGCUUGUCUGGAAAGCGCCAAGGGAGUGUCAUGCUUUACCGGGCAAAUAAAUAUCCCAGAGAAAUGCUUGGGCCUGUUACAUUUAUUUGGAAGUCUGAGAUGAUCCCAGGUGACACCUCUGAGAGCAGGCAGUUGUGGAUCUGGCUUCAUCCAGCUGUUAAACAGGACAUAUUAGAGGAAAUAAAAGCAGUGUGCCAGUGUACAGAACCUAUCAAAUCAACUGUCUGCAUCCCUGAGCUUCUGACAUCAUCUCAAGAAAAAAACCAUACUGAACUGCCUGAUGAGAAAAUUGGCAAGAAAAGAAAAAGGAAAGGUGAUGGAGAAAAUACCAAACCAAUUAAAAAAGUUGUUGGUGAUGGAACUAGAGAUCCAUGUCAACCGUAUUCUUGGAUCUCUCCAGCCACAGGCAUUAUAAUCAGUGAUUUGACAAUGGAAAUGAACAGAUUCCGGCUGAUUGGUCCGCUUUCCCACUCCAUCCUAACUGAGGCACUAAAAGUUGCUUCUGUCCACACUGGGGGAGAGGACGCAGAAAAGACACCUCACCGUUGGUGGAUUGAAACCUGUGAGAAUCCUGGUAGCAUUUCCCUUCAUCGCAGACAGGAAGCUGUUUUUGAAUUGUUGGGAGGAAUAACGUCACCAGCAGAAAUUCCGGCAGGUACUAUUCUGGGACUCACAGUUGGGGAUCCUCGAGUAAAUUUGCCUCAAAAAAAGUCCAAAGCUUUGUCCAAUCCAGAAAAAUGCCAAGAUAAUGAGAAAGUUAGACAGCUGCUUCUGGAGGGUGUACCCGUGGAGUGUACGCAUAGCUUUAUAUGGAACCAAGAUAUCUGUAAGAGUGUCACAGAAAAUAAAAUCUCGGAUCAGGAUUUAAACCGGAAGAGAAGUGAAUUGCUGGUGCCUGGGUCACAGCUUGUUUUAGGUCCCCAUGAAUCCAAGAUACCUAUACUUUUGAUUCAACAGCCAGGAAAAAUGACUGGUGAAGACCAGCUAGGCUGGGGAAGUGGCUGGGAUGUCCUACUCCCAAAGGGCUGGGGCAUGGCUUUCUGGAUUCCAUUUAUCUACCGAGGUGCAAGAGUUGGAGGAUUAAAAGAGGCUGCAGUACAUUCUCAGUAUAAAAGGUCACCUAAUAUCCCAGGUGAUUUCCCAGACUGCCCUGCUGGGAUUCUGUUUGCUGAAGAGCAAGCUAAGACUCUGCUUGAAAAGUACAAAAGACGCCCUCCUGCCAAACGGCCCAACUAUGUCAAGCUUGGCACGGUGGCACCUUUCUGCUGCCCCUGGGAGCACUUAACUCAAGACUGGGAGUCAAGAGUCCAGGCCCAGGAAGAGUCUUCUGCAGCUUCCUCUCCAAAUGGUGAGGAGACUGACCUAAGAAGACACAUGGUGCCUUGUGUUCCCACACCUGAAAAAACUCACCAGCUGUCUAAUGAAGUGGGCACAUCUGUGAAUGACCCCAGGGAGCCAGAAGAAGUAAUGGACACAGACUGUCAAGACCAGGCAGGGACCAAGAUGGUCAUGUACCCGGAUGCUGGUGAGAACCAUGUUGCUGCUGCCAAUAGUCAACUCUUUGUUCUUAGGAGUAGAAAAUUACUGAAGCAACUGUCAGCCUGGUGUGGACCCUGUUCUGAGGAGAGUCGGGCAGCCCGGCGAGCUCCUGGCAGAGGCCAGCAAGAACUAACCAGAGAGGCCUGCUUGUCCAUCAUGGACCAUUUCCCCAGGGCCUUGGUGUGGGUCAGCCUGUCCCUGCUCAGGAAGGGCAGCCCCGAGCCGCACACCAUGAUCUGUGUUCCAGCCAAGGAGGACCUACUCCAGCUCAGCCAGGAUCAGCACUACUGUGGGCCCCAGGAAGCCAAACACAGCGACCUGUUCAAGAGGAAGAUCCUGAAGCAGAAAGAGAAGAAGAAACUGGAGAAGAGGCAGAACCGGGGCUGUGCCACUUCUGAGGGCCUGGGAGCGGGGGAUCCUGCGACUGGACAGGAAGCUCUGACUCUGGGGCUGUGGUCAGGCCCUCUCCCUCGCGUGACUUCGCACUGCUCCAGAGUUCUCCUAGGCUUUGUCACUCAGGGAGAUUUUUCCAUGGCUGUUGGCCAUGGAGAAGCCCUGGGGUUUGUUAGUUUGACAGGCUUGCUAGAUAUGCUGUCCAGCCAGCCGCCAGCCCAGAGGGGCUUGGUGUUACUGAGGCCUCCUGCCUCUGUCCAGUAUCGAUUCUCCAGAGUCGCUAUUGAGGUGUGAAUGAGGGUUUAUGUCCUAGCAGGGCGUAGGAUAAUAAAUUUGUUUGCCAAGUCCCACAACUGGAGAGUUUUGUUUUCCCUGUCUUCUGUUUCAAAAUGUCAUGUGAAAUUCUUUGGAAAUGAGAAUUAAAAAUUACAUAUUAUGCAAACGUUGAAAUGUUUACACCAUUCUAGUAAUCUCAUUGAUUUCCAUCUUUCCUUGUCCUUGCUGUAAUACUUUAAAAAUUAUUUGGCAUGUAUAGCCAAAAGCUUUUGUAUUAUGAUCUCUUGAUCUGUGUAAUUCUUGCUGAGAAUAAUUAGAAGUUCUACGUUUUAUUGUCCCUUUUUUCUGUUAGGAACAAAGUGCUGUCAGGUCUAUUUGAAAAACCUUUUAGUCAUGUGAUAAGAAACAAUACAUGUUUAAUGAUUUGGUUGUUACUGAAGAAAAAAAGACUAUAAACAUUUGACCUCUGUACAUGAAAUAUGGGCCCCGUAUGGGCCAUGUUCAGUUCUGUACUGUAAUCAGCGUGCUGAAUACAUCGUGCCAUAAGGAAAGAAAUCAUGGACGGUUCACUGCUUCCUGUUUUCAGGCAGGCUCAGUUUAUGGCAAAGUGUUGGGCUGGAAUUAGAAUGGGAAUCUAUGACUUUAUGAUUCCUUGACCUCUCUGUUGUUGACAUGAUCCUAGGAGUUACUUAAUUUUUUUUUAAGUAAAAAAUGAUUUUUUUUAUUUCUGCAAAGAAUUUCUCAAAGCCAUAGAGUAGCAUUUCUCAAAGUAUGUUCUGUGAAAUGUAUUACCUAAAAAAAAGGGAUUGCAAGGUCAGGUUGAUUUGGGAAACUUUGGAUUAAACAAAGUUAAGCAUUUCUUUAUUGAAGGACUUCUGGAACCUUCUAUGUGAUAAUGUGCAUUGUAAAUCUCCAGGAAGUAGAUAAUAGUGUACAGUAUUUUCUAAAUCUUUUUGAUCCCCAAACUCCUUUUUACAAUGAGUGGCCUUGGUAGGAUCAGAGUUCUUAGGAACACACUUUGGGCAACUUGGCUAUGCAGUGCCAUGGCUACCUCUGCAAGGUGGGUAACUAAACGACAAGCUGCUCUUCAACACUAUGCAGGCACUUUGUCCACCUGAGGUCUUGAGCAGGGUAUAAAAGAAAGGUCUCUUUCUGUCUCAUAGGAAGAUGGCUCAUCAUGGCUUUUUUCCCCUGUGGAGAAACUCAGUUUCUCAUCAGCUUUUAGUUGUCAUGUAUAUCUCACUCUACCGUCAGCCUCUCACUUUCCUGCCAUAAAUUUCUAGCAGAGUCUGAGUGGGGGUUUGAUGCUUUUUAAAAAUGUGCAGCUAGGCAUUAUUUCAUGGAAAUGCAUUGGGUUUUUGCAGUAGCAUUUGGCAGGACAUGUCUUUGGGGGUGAUGAGCUGGGGAAAGAUAUGGAAAGUAUUACAGUAGUUAGAAAGUACCUUGAGCCAAUGAAAUGUUGGAUGUUUUUCCUCUCAGCAUGCUUCUGAAUGUCUUUGUGUCCAACCCAAAUGAGAUGGAAAAUAGUCUAAGUGACAUCUGUAAACAGAAUAAAUUAAAAUGUCACCUGA